UUCUCUGACCCUCCCGCCACUCCCCGGUCAGCGACGACCUAAUUGCUUUAUUUUAUUUAUUUAUUAAAUUCUAAUAUUGCUUGCUGGCAAAAAAAGAGAAAUAAAAAUAGAGUGAAAAAGUUUGAAAGAAAUACGGCCGAAACUUCCACGCGAUCUCUCUUCCUCUCGGUCGUCUUCCCCGGCGAUCGAGCUUGCUACUCGAUCGGCAUCCUCAGGCGAGGAGCGCGCGAUCGUUUGGGGCGACGGUCUCGGUGUAGCAUUUAAGGAGGGAUCUGGGUUGGUUUUGAUAUGUGAUUUUUGGGUGUUUGGUUGAAUCUGGAGUUCUUGGGAGUAACGGAGUUCUAGGGUUUUGAUCUUGUUACUUGUUAGUGUUUUCUUGCUCCGAUUGGGGUUGGCUUGUUGGUUGUUGUGGGAAUUCUGGUGAAAUUGGACGGAUUGGUUUACCAGGUUGCUGCGGGUGGCUUUGACUCUCUUGGGAUUGUAGAAUUUCGGAAAAAUCGAUGGGGUUUAUUGAUCGUCUAGGGUUGGAGAAGUGAUUCAUUUUUUUUUUCUCGGAGGUGUCGAAACCCUGGGGUUCUUUGUCGUGCUCGGAUUAGGGUGUGGUUUUUUGAAUUUGUGGAUAUUGGUGAAAUCGGAGGAUCUGGUGACCUUUUCUUGGUGGAAAGCUGCUUCAGAUCUUAGGUUUUCUUAGUUUGUUGCUUGAAUUGUUUGGUUUGAUCAUCUCGUCUCUGAAUUUGGGAGGACUUUACCGAAUUCGGGAGGCACCUCGCCUCUUUCUCUCCCCGGGGUUUUUUUAAGGUUCAAGUGGUAGGGAGAAGAGCUUAAGGAUCGAUGUCGAAGGUGGAGUACGAGGGAUGGAUGGUCCGCUAUGGAAGGAGGAAGAUCGGCAGAUCAUUUAUACACAUGCGGUACUUCGUCCUCGAGACCCGGCUUCUGGCUUAUUACAAGAGAAAGCCUCAGGACAACGUGGUUCCAAUAAAAACUCUUCUUAUAGAUGGAAACUGCAGGGUGGAGGAUAGAGGGCUUAAAACCCAUCAUGGGCAUAUGGUCUAUGUUCUCUGUGUUUACAACAAAAAAGAAAAAUAUCACAGAAUCACGAUGGCAGCAUUCAACAUUCAGGAGGCCCUGAUGUGGAAAGAGAAGAUUGAGUUUGUUAUUGAUCAGCAUCAAGGUUCAAUGAGUGUUAAUGGCAAUAAGAUCUACACUCCAAUUGAUUACAAAUCCAGCAUGGAGAAUGGAAGAAAUGCUUCCUCUUCUGAUCGGGAUAGUCAGUGUAGCCCUGAAGAUGAAGAAGAGAGCCAUCACACUUUAGCACGCCGGAAAACCAUAGGAAAUGGCCCACCUGAAUCUUUACUUGACUGGACUCGGGAAGUUGAUUCUGGAUUGUCAAAUCAGAACAACUCUGAUCAAGUAUUCUCUAGAAAGCAUUGGCGCCUAGUCAGAUGUCAAAAUGGACUCCGCAUUUUUGAGGAGCUUCUAGAAGUUGAUUACCUUCCAAGGAGCUGUAGUAGAGCAAUGAAAGCAGUAGGUGUAGUGGAUGCCACAUGUGAGUCGAUCUUUGAGCUAGUUAUGAGUAUGGAUGGAACGCGUUUUGAGUGGGAUUGCAGUUUCCAAUAUGGUAGUUUAGUGGAGGAGGUGGAUGGGCACACUGCAAUAUUGUAUCAUAGAUUGCAGCUAGACUGGUUUCCAAUGGUUGUAUGGCCCCGUGAUCUUUGUUAUGUGCGCUAUUGGCGGCGUAAUGAUGAUGGAAGUUAUGUUGUCUUAUUCCAAUCCAGGGAGCAUCCAAAUUGUCACCCACAACCUGGUUUUGUGAGAGCUCAUGUUGAGAGUACCUCUCGCAUUUCACGUGGCGGGUUCAAUAUAUCUCCCCUUAAACCUCGAAAUGGAAGACCUAGGGCACAAGUGCAACACCUUAUGCAAAUCGAUCUGAAAGGAUGGGGUGUGGGCUACUUCCCAUCAUUUCAGCAACAUUGUUUACUUCAGAUGUUAAACAGCGUUGCGGGGCUGCGUGAAUGGUUUGCUCAAACAGAUGACAUGCGCAAAGUUCCUAGGAUUCCAAUGAUGGUUAAUAUGACUUCUGAAUCUGUUUCUUCUAAGAAGGACCAUAGAACUCAAGAUAAUUCCAUGCGUGCUGGUCCAUCAUUGGAUCAAAUGCAUGCAACUAGCAGACAUUCUACCAUGUUGGAUGAAGAGUCUGAAGAGGAUGAAGAUUUUCAAAUUCCUGAGCCUGAACAAGAGGCAUACUCGGCGAAACUUGAAAAUGAUGUUAAAAGGACAGUUGCGGAAGAUGAGCCGUCAGAUCAAAUUGAUUUUUCCUGCUUCUCUGGAAAUCUAAGACGGGAUGAUCGUGAUACUAGUCGUGAUUGUUGGAGAAUUUCUGAUGGCAACAACUUCCGAGUGCGCAGUAAACAUUUCUCAUAUGAUAAAACUAAGAUCCCUGCUGGAAAGCAUCUUAUGGAGCUUGUGGCUGUUGAUUGGUUCAAGGAUGUGAAACGAAUGGACCAUGUUGCAAGGCGACAAGGUUGUGCAGUCAAGGUUGCUUCUGAGAAGGGGUUAUUCUCACUAGCCAUAAAUGUGCAAGUUCCAGGUUCUACCCAUUACAGCAUGGUUUUUUACUUUGUGACAAAACAACUGGUGCCUGGAUCUUUAUUGCAGCGCUUUGUUGAUGGUGAUGAUGAGUUUCGCAACAGUAGGUUCAAGCUCAUCCCAUCUGUUCCCAAGGGUUCUUGGAUUGUGCGCCAAAGUGUUGGUAGCACUCCUUGUUUACUGGGCAAAGCUGUGGAUUGUACUUAUAUUCGUGGUCCAAAGUACUUAGAAAUUGAUGUUGAUAUCGGUUCUUCUACUGUGGCAAAUGGGGUUUUGGGGCUUGUGUGUGGUGUAAUCACAACAUUGGUUGUGGACAUGGCUUUUCUUGUACAGGCGAACACAUUCGAUGAGCUCCCAGAGCGGCUUAUUGGUGCUGUCCGGGUUUCGCAUGUUGAGCUAUCAUCUGCAGUGGUUCCAGUGCUUGAACCUAGCCCGUCAGCUGAUUCAAUGGGAUGAUUUGUAACAUCAGCCGGUUUGGUGCAAAAUUCUUUACCUUCUUAGCCUUGAACCAUUCACAAACAUCGAAAGCAACAAAUUUUUACAGUAUAUCACCAGAAACAACAGAGCAAUCCAUUAUAGAAUCAAUGGAAGCAACACAGCAAUCAAAGUUACUCCCCCAUUAGCUCCUCAACCAUUGUAACAGAGAGCUGCUUGUGCGAGUUUGAAUAAGUUGUUCCUAGGGGAAGAAAGAAGCUCAGGGCUCUCUUGUACUACUGCCAAUAACUUAAUUUGCGUCAGGUUAACAUUGUUUAUUUUUGUGUUUGUCUAUUGUACGUCUAGAGUCUAGUCCAUGGUUUACCAUUCUAUGCUAUUCUCAUGCUGUGGCUGGCAAAUACUUGUAUUCUAUACUCAUAGAAUCAUCCCAUAGGACUGAGUGGAAGGAGGUAUCAGAUGCGUGA